AUGUCUCCCGCCGCUCUACUUGUUCUACGCAGCAACUUUGCCCAUCUCUCGACACUACGUUCCAACCGUCGUUCACGACACUCAUCGCCAAUCCCGGGAAAGCUCAAACUUUGUUCCCUUGUCACCACCACCAAGCGUCAACAUGGCCUGAUACCCGCAUCUUAUUUGGCAGCUCGAUCUCUACACCAAGCUGUGGCAACAGCUAUCUCAAACCAUCAAUCCCCAGUCACCCUACCCAACGCCCAUAUCGUCUCCCCUUCCCGCCUCUUCCCUGCCCGUCCGUCUCAUCAGGAUCCAGAGACUUCCGACCGAGCUGCGAUCAAUGCGCCGACUGCAAAGAUCACUCGUCAAGUCAGUCCAAGUUGCUUACCGCCAACCGGCGACCGCCUUUACUCUCCCAUCCAUGCAUUCAAGCAUUGUCUUGACGUUCCUGCGUUACCAUGUCACGCCUAACACACCAACGGAGCAACUAGGUAAGGGGCAUCCGCGUCUUCACUGUUGUCUUCAUCUCUAACACCGCCGCGAUCCCGGGACCUGCCCUUAACGAUGCCGCCCCCAUCUCAUGAUUUCAGCAGGGCUGACGCUGCAGCUCAUGCGGCGCAAAACAACAAUGUGGUACACAACACAGUCUCCGUCACUGAGGCUACAUGCUUCCAAAGAUGCGGUACUGAUACAACCCAGGACCACCAACCAUCCAACAUUUUGACUGGCUUACAAACAUCCAUACACAGGCCAGCUCGGAUCUUCUCCACACAGCCCACAUCCGAGGGUCCGGUGCUGUUUGACACAAGGAGCUUAAAAGAGAAAGAAGGAGAACGAAAAGAAGAAAAAGAGGACCAUGUACCUCCAUCCUCGGAUCAUGCCUAAGCAAGACAUCAUCCCCGGUCGACGAUUCGCGAGCCGCAGCGACAACCAGAGGAUCGACAACCUACUCGCGGCCAGACCCCCUCAACUUAUCAGCCGCCUUGAUACGAUAUGCUUCCAAGACUUUUGCAACCCCCCCCAGCAAACCGUUCUUCAUCACGCGAUGCAAAGUUUCGUCGUCAACAUUUGUCGAAGCAUCACCCGGCCAGGGCUCUGAGAAGGCGUUGCUACACAGUACAACCUUCACGGUCUCUGGAGAUCUAGGCUGACGACCGAGUCAAGAUGGGAGAGCAAGGAUGGCAGUGGAUAGUUGUUUCCAAAGCACCCCGUCGCCGUCCGGACAACGUCUCCUUUGGUGUCGCUUCUCGGCCGUCCCCUAAGCGACGUCCCGUCUGGGCAAUAGGCACGAGCCGUGGCGGAGGCGACGCGUUGCUUGGCCGCGUCGGACCGGGAUGCGACAUCUAAUUUGACUCGGGCAAGUCGUCCACCACCACAGCUUCCAGAAGGUGGUUCCUCCGAAGGCUGUUUACCACGAGCUUCCUUGAAACGGCCGCCGGCGAGUAACAGCAGCGCGAGGCCCACGCUACGACCGUGUACUUACUUCCAGUACACCACUACAUGGUCCCAUGGGGGCGGCUGAGCAUGAAUCGAGCUUGUAAGUGAUACUCUUUCCCUUUCCCAGACUCGAAUCUCAGCAAUUUCC